AUGAAAAAGUUUGAUUAAAUUAUUAAAGGUUUAAACAAAACUGAAGGAAGGGAUAGAGUUUGUAAAACGCUUUAAUAUGGGGCGAGGUUUUUAUCAUGGUACUUCGAAAAAUAUAGCCAGCUAGAUAAAGCAACAUAAUUUAAUAAUUUAUUUAGUAUGAAUGAAUAUCAAAUAAUAAGUGGCGAUAAGAGAAGCUAGAAAAAUAUUUAGGUUAGCUAAAUCUUUAAAUGAAAUUUAAUUUAUCUUAGAAAUAAUCAAAGAAAAUUCAGAAAAUCUUAAUCAGAUAACAAGAAUACUAAAAACAUUUGCAAGAAUCUGGUAUUCACUAUUUUGGUAUCAUAUCUCAAUCUACUAGGCUUUUCGAUAAUCUAAGCAUCCUGGCAAAACUUUAGAUAAUUAAUUCUAAUCAAAAGGUCUUGAAUAAAAUUGCAAUGACUUUUUGGACCAUCGGAAUACUUACGAAUCUCUUUGAAAUAUUGAGAGAUUUAAUUGGAAAUUUUUCGUCAUUGAAGAAAUAUUCGAAAUCCGCUGAAUACAAGGAAAUGCAUAGGAGAAUCAAUGCGAAUUGCUUAAAUCUAAUAAGAAAUUUCUGUGAUUUAAUUCCAGCAGGGACAGGCAGUGAAUUUUUCUAAAAGAUUUUUGCCUCUCAUCCAAAUCAUGGAGUCGUUGGAAUUGCAGGAUUUUUAGCAGGAGCAAUAUCAACAUAUCAAACCUUUUGA